CACUCACACACACACACUCACACACACUCACACACACACACCGCCUCCUGCAGCCCCACUGCCCCCGCCAUGGCCGCGUCCACCCUGUCCGUCUGCUCCAGCGACCUGAGCUACGGCAGCCGCGUCUGCCUGCCCGGAUCCUCGGACUCCUGCCCCGACCCCUCCUGGCAGGUGGACGACUGCCCAGAGAGCUGCUGCGAGCCCCCGUGCUGCGCCCCCGCCCCCUGCCUGACCCUCCUGUGCGGCCCCUCCUCCCCCUGCCAGGGAGACUGCUGCACCCCUGCGUGCUGCAAGCCCGUCUGCUGCACCCCUGCGUGCUGCAAGCCCGUGUGCUGCACCCCUGUCUGCUGCGAGGACUCCCCCUGCUCAGGCCCCUCCUGCUGCCAGCCCAGCCCCUGCUGCAGACCCUCCUCCUGCGUGUCCCUGCUCUGCCGCCCCGUGUGCAGGCCCACCUGCUGCACCCCUGUGUGCUGCAAGCCCGUGUGCUGCACCCCUGUGUGCUGCGAGGACUCCCCCUGCACAACCUCUUCAUGCUGCCAGCCGUCCUGCUGCACCUCCUCCCCCUGCCAGGGAGACUGCUGCACCCCUGUGUGCUGCAAGCCCGUGUGCUGCACCCCUGUCUGCUGCGAGGACUCCCCCUGCUCAGCCCCCUCCUGCUGCCAGCCCAGCCUCUGCUGCAGACCCUCCUCCUGCGUGUCCCUGCUCUGCCGCCCCGUGUGCAGGCCCACCUGCUGCGCCCCUGUCUGCUGCAAGCCCGUCUGCUGCACCCCUGUGUGCUGCGAGGACUCCCCCUGCUCAGGCCCCUCCUGCUGCCAGCCCAGCCCCUGCUGCAGACCCUCCUCCUGCGUGUCCCUGCUCUGCCGCCCUGUGUGCCCCCGCCCCGCCUGCUGCGGCCCCGCCUCAGGCCAGUCCUGCUGCUGAUGGGCACGUCCCCCCAGGGCCAGCCGGGCUCAGGUCCCACCUGGUGACUGUGGUCCUCCCGGCCACCCCUCAGUCAGUCCUGACCUGUGUUAGGUGGCUGCCCCCACCCAGGACGGGGUCCCCCAUGUGUCCACUCUCCUGACCUGACCUUGACCUCCUGCCUCCCAAGAAUGCUGACCCCAUGGCUUCCCGGGGCUUCUGCUCCCAGGAGGCACCUGCACCUGUUCUGGGUCACCUGUCCUUCCCUCCCCCUUUCUCCGCUUGGGUCACUUGGCUUUGACUCCUAACCUGUCAGCACCUCUUCAGGAAGCCCAAUAAACUUACUUCACCGGC